UUUGUUUCCUUUUACAUCAGCGCACAGAAGGACAGAGGAAACCCUCUUCCAACGAUGACUCUCUCAUCAUUAGAGGGAAAAUAUGCCACUCCAGCAAAUGGUACCAAAAAGAGGUCUAUUCACGAUUCCAAAGCCAAAGAAUAUGAAACAGAGAAUAUGCUUUAUCAAAGCGCCGACAGCCCCGACAGCCCCGAAACUUACAUUGCUGCGAAAAAAGAAGUAGCCCCGUAUGACAGUUGUCCCGUGCUUAUCAUCACAGAAAAUCCUCUUCCAAUGGGUUUCUCUUCUCCAACCAAGAAGAUUGCUGACCAGGGAUACGAAUUAAUAAAGCCACCGAACGGUGUAGCACAGAGUCAUUACAGUCUCCCAGAUAAAAAGCCUCCAAAAGCGAGAUCCAUCGAAAAUCCCAAUUACGAGAAGACGUUACCAAUAACGCAGAACUACGAGUAUGCGAAACCAGAAAUUAAGACGGAGGCCAACUGUUAGCCAACAUGUGUAAACAAUGGAAACGAUAUCCCAACAACUUAAGUUUAAAUUAGAACUACUGGCUAGUUUGUGGUGUAAAUGUGUAAACUGUAGUGUGGCAAAUUUUUAGAUAAUGAAAGCGGUGCGGCACUCCGUCCAGUAGUUUUCAGUCCUAGAAUUCUGGGGUAUUGAAGUCGUUUCGGUGCUGCAGAUAAUCCCUAUUUAAUGCAUGAAAACUAUAAAAACUACAACAACAAAACAAAACAAAACUUGAUUAUGUAGUAAGGAGAGAGAAGGCCAAUCAAGAAAAAAUGAUUCUAAACGAAAGGGGAUGGUUAAACUUGAACACGUUUCUCCUCCUAUAGGAACCGCACUUACAAAGUAAAACACCUUGCGGUAGCCACAUGUAUUUGUCAAGUUUAUCUCAUAAGGAAUGCUUGCUGAGAAGAAUUUCACUUAAUAUAUUUGCAGCAUUAUAAAGAAAAGUCCUUGUAAGGUAAUUUACGCUGGCAAAGUUUAUCUUUUACAUAUAGUUAUGGUGACAUGUCGGUGUUUGGGACAAAAGAACUUGCCAAUGAAAACUUUGUAUUUAAAGACUCUUUCCUUGUCAUUUCCAAAAAGAAUUUGAUGAAAACGCGUUGUAUCGGACCUCCUCGUUUCCUUCCCAGCAUACCCCGCCAUCUUGGCCACGACAUUAUGGUCCUCGGAUUUUUAUCGCGUUUGAGCAACAAAUGGGAUAGACUGGGAACGAGUCUAAUAAUACGAUGUGGGUCUUUGUUUCUUGGUUCAACAACGUACAGAAUGGAAAAAGGAAAAUACUAGCGAUCGGUCUAGGAAAUAGCCACGAAUUUCUCAGUCUUUUAGUGGAAAGUGGGAGUAUUUGAGAAAGUUAACAAUUCCAAAAUCCAAUUAGUGACGGGUGAUAAUUUCUUUAGAUGACAUUUCACUGUCUCUUUCGACUCGGCGUCGUUUAACACGCAUCUUGUUUGCGCUUAUUUUCCAAACGUUCGAUUUGUUUCCUUCUUUAAAAGGAUUCGCGUGUGAAAGCAACUUUAAGCGUCUCUAUGUUUAAAGCACGUGUGAGUCUGGCUGUAGAAAAACUGAAUGAGGUGGUUUUAGCAUUUGAAUACAGUUUUCUCGCAGGUGUGUCGCGAGUAAAAAGGAAAUACUUUGGUUUGAAUUUACAACACAGGUUUUUGAUCAUACUUUAAUUCAAAGUAGUUUGUUUCGUUUUAAACUGUUGAUACAGAGUGAUUGUGACUACAAUUCCAUUGCAGCAAGGUUUGUGCAGGACAAUCGAUCAAACGAGUCUUGCACGCUUGCACAAUUCUUUGGAAAAUGCUCGGAUUUGUUUGCCUGUCCGGAAAGAUAGAACUACCGAUCCCGAACAUUGAUGACUUUCGCUCGGGUUCGCAAACCAUCUACUCGGUCAAUCAUCGUGUGCAAUAUUCCGAGCGCGAAAAAGACCUUUUCGUAAAAAUAAGUUCAGGUCAGUGAGGAUAUAAUAUAUAAAGUUUGCAAAAGCUUUGCUUUGUACAGACGUGUGAAUGAAAAUUUUGAUAACGAGGUCUCGUCCACAAGAUUGACUGAAAAUAGUUACUGAGUUAGCAUGGAUGGCUAAAAAGAGUGAUGCUUUUAACAGUUGCGUGGAAAUAGUAUUGUUAGUUUAUCAAUAGAGAGAAAGACGGGUUGUACAACAGGCACAAAACAGUAUUUUCGUAUGUUUUAGGACUCGAAAAGACAGAAGCAGAAAUGUUUUAUUGUUACCUUAUUUAAAAUUCACGGUUCUGUCUGUAAGUGAAGAAUUUGCACUGUAUUUAAAGAGGUUGUAUAGUAAUAAAGGCCAGACAAUAUUUUGUUCCAGA